CGAUUUGUGGCGAAGGCGGGAGAUCCAAGAUGGCGUCGCUUGUAACGGAUGUUCUACUUGCAAAUACCGACCUGUUGGAGAAGGAAGAUCUAGGAACACGCAUUGGCAAGCUGUCGUCUCAUAUCGAUGAAAUCAAAGGAGAGAUCUACCAUGCUGUGCAUGAGAAAUACACCCACUUCAGACCAACCAGGGAUACAACAGAGGAGCUGCACAAUAAAGUGCAGACCAUCUCUGGGGAGAUGCAGAACCUCAGCAAUAAGAUUAAGGGAGACAUCAGUGCACAGCUAAACAGUUCCACCAGUGACCUUCAUGACCUCACAAGACAGUUGGAGAAAACCAACGCCAUCAUUGAAGUGCUAAAGUCCCUAUGCAAGAUCAACGGUGCAGUGAAAGAUUUUCAGAGUUCGAUACAGAAUCAUGAGUAUAUACAAGCCUCAAACGUCAUCAGUGAAAUGAGAUCUGAUUUAGACAUUCUCAUAGAUGAUGGUUACUGUGACCUGAAGAUCAUCAAAGCAGUGCGGGCUGAGCUGAGAGUCAACCAGGAGACACUUCUUCAUCACUUAGGGGAGUCAUGGUCCGCUCUAGCCACCUGGAAGAUACCUCAUGCCAGGGAGCCUGUCACCAUGGCAAAUAUUACUCAAGUACAUCUCAAAAUAGUUGACAGUGAAACUGCAAAGUCCACUAUUGCAGCCAUGCAUCAGGUUGGAAUUCUCAAGAGUAAACUGGAAGUAUUUGGCAAGAGACUGAUGGAGUUUAUAUUGAAGCCGUCUGCAAUCUUCCCCAGCGUCACUCCAGUAAUCAACUCAACCAAAAAGUCGAAGACCACCACCAUCAGUUUGAGGGCGAGUAGCGAUGGACCGAACGAGACCAGCGAUCCUGUAGGCCUGUACAAGAACAUCCAGUACGUCCUGGAGGCGCUGAAGGGACCUCUACUCGGUCACAACGCUGGGAGCAGAGGGUCAGAAGAUGACACUACCCUCAUGUCAAUGCUAGGUGAGAUGAUGUGGCCAGAGCUAGCUCAAUGCAUCAUAACAAAUAGUCUGGUGCACUCCAUACCAACAAGUAGCUCAAAGCUGAAUGACUACAAAGCUGUUAUUACAGCAACUGAAGAAUUUGAGACGUCUCUUCAAAAAAUAGGGUUUAUCUCAGCGACAACAUCACCGUUGCUCACUUAUGCCAGAGAUGUAAACGUCCACUUUGCCAACAAAAAGUGUCAGGAGCUCAUCGUGGAAGCUCGUCAGCUGAUGAAGAGAGAGCUUCAUAACACGAAGCGUGUCGGCUCCAGUAGUAAGACUGGCUCAAACAAAAACGUCGAAGAGCAAAAGGAAACUUCGUCUGAGGUUAAGGAUCAGCAAGAUGCAAAGGACAAGAAUCAUGUAAGUGAAGGAGUCUUUGCAUUGCCUGAAUGUGCUGUCAGUGAGAGUACAGAAUGUCUGGUCAAUCUUGCCUACCAGACGCUACAAGAAGCUUCAAGUAAUACACCGCAAUGUGCCAUUCAGUUAUUCUACACCGUCAGGAACAUGUUUGAGGUUUUCUGUGAUGUUGUCCCCACUUACCAUAGAGAAAACCUUCAAAAGCUUCCACAGGUGUCAGCUCUCCACCACAAUAACUGCAUGUACAUAUCCCACCACCUGAUGACGCUAGGGCAUCAGUAUCGCCAUACGUUACCCUCCCCGCUCUGCGAUGGUGCUUCUACCUUUGUGGACCUCAUACCAGUCUUCAGGAAGUUGGCAUCAGAGUGCUUCCUAGCUCAAAUGAGAACUCAGCGAGACCAGUUAUUGGAAAGUCUGUCGGGAGCCGGGGGCUUCGGUCAAGUAUCAACGGAUGAAAACUUCAUCGCUUGUGAGAAAGCUAUCAAACAGGUUCUGCAUCAGUUGGGUCAUCUUCAACGGGUGUGGCUUAACAUUCUACCCAGUAACAUCUACACUAAAGCCAUGUCAACUCUCAUCAACACGGUACUCAUUCAGGUUGUAGAGAAAAUAACACUACUUGAGGAUAUAUCCGCCGAUGAUGCUCAUCAGUUGUACUCAUUAUUCUUGGGUCUUCAAGAAAAAAUCCCCGAUCUGAUCAAGCCUGAAGAUGCAGAGGAACCGAUUGUUGUACAGAGCACCGUUGACCACUGGACAGCGUUUACAGAGCUGCAGUUUAUCCUUGAAGCAAGCAUGCAAGAUAUCGUAGACAGAUGGGCAGAAGGAAAGGGACCUCUUGCCAUGGUGUUCAACACCAGUGAGAUAAAGAGUCUGAUCAGAGCCAUCUUCCAGAAUACAGACAGGAGGGCUGCGGCUCUAGCUAAGAUCAGAUAAGACUAGUACAAGUCUAUGGUGCUGAUCAUCAUCUUCCAGAAUACAGACAGGAGGGCUGCAGCGCUAGCUAAGAUCAGAUAAGACUAGUACAAGUCUAUGGAGCUGAUCAUCAUCUUCCAGAAUACAGACAGGAGGGCUGCAGCGCUAGCUAAGAUCAGAUAAGACUAGUACAAGUCUUUGGUGCUGAUCAUCUUCCAGAAUACAGACAGGAGGGCUGCAGCUCCAGCUAAGAUCAGAAGACUAGUACAAGUCUAAAGUGCUGAUCAUCAUCAAAAAUACUGAUGGAAGAACUGUAUUGGCUGAAAUCAGAUCAGAUAAGACUAGUACAAGUCUAUGGUGCUGAUCAUCCAGAAUACAGAAUUCCAUAAUACAGACAGGUGGGCUGCAGCUCUAGCUAAGAUCAGAUAAGACUAGUACAAGUUUAUGUUUUGUGUUCAGGUAUACAUCACAUCGGCUGUUGACAAACCAUGGAGGAAACUAAAUUCAGAUGUUAGGCGAACUGCACUGCAGCAUUAGCCAAGAUCAGAUAAGACUAGUACAAGCCUAUGAUUUCUGUUUGCACAUGUACAUCACAUCAGGCGCUCACAAAACCUAGUCCGAUGUUGGGCAUCUUCAAAAAUAUAGACGGGAGAACUGCAGCGUGGCUGAGAUCUUAAGAACGGCACUAAAACAUUAGCCAAGAUCAGAAAAGACUAAUGAAAGUCUUUAAUUUGUUAAUAGGGCAUACAUCUUUUCAACCGUUUUAUUUUAUUUUAUUUUAUUUGAAAAAAUGACGACUGCUUCGCUGUCAACUUUUACAAAAACAUUAUAUGUCCAUAUUGAAAUGU